AGCGCCAUUGGAUAGUGCCAGAUUGAAAGAAAGAGAGAGUGUUUUGUAAGAAGGGAAGAGCAUGGAGAAUCCCAAUGCUCAGAGACACUGAGAGACACGGACAGCACAGCCUACUGUUCACUCUCUCUCUCUCUCCCCCCCCCCCAUCUGUGAACCAAUUAAAAUAAUCCCAACCCACAUCUCCUCAGACUCAGCUAGCUCAUAUCACCCACCUCUCUCUCCUUCUCCUCCUCCUCUCUCUCUAAUCAAACCCUCCCCCCCCCCCCCAAAUCCAAUUCACUGCUCAGAGCCCAUGUCAUGAUCUGAAUUAAAAAAAAAAACCCCCAACGCAACAGCAGCAAAAGAUUCGAUUUUUGAUUCCGGGUUUUUUUUUUUUUUCUAUUUCAUCACCAAAACCCAAACCCAGAUCAAAAUCUAGAGAGAGACUAGUUUGGGGGGGGAUAUGGGAGAGGACCCUUCAUCGUCCCAAAUGUCCGAAGACGACGACCGAUCUCCGCCGUUGGAUCCCAUCUCCUCCAACAAAGCCCGCAACUGCUCCGGGUCGGGUUGCCCCAGCAGCAGCAGCAGCAGCAGCACCGACUACAUCAUCCCUUACCCGGACCAAGUCCUCGAGAACGUUCUAGAAAACGUGCUCUGCUUCCUCACCGCCCGCCAAGACCGCAACGCCGCCUCAUUGGUCUGCAAGUCAUGGUACCGCGCCGAGGCCCUCACCCGAUCCGAGCUCUUCAUCGGCAACUGCUACGCCGUCUCGCCCCGCCGGGCCACGGACCGGUUCAGCCGGGUCCGGGCCGUGUCCAUCAAGGGGAAGCCCAGGUUCGCCGACUUCAACCUCAUGCCGGCCCAUUGGGGCGCCCACUUCGGGCCCUGGGUCUCCGCCAUGGCCAAGGCUUACCCUUGGCUCGAGAAAGUCUAUCUCAAGCGCAUGUCCGUCACCGACGACGAUCUGGCUCUGCUGGCCGAGUCGUUCCCCGGGUUCAAGGAGCUCGUUCUGGUUUGCUGUGAUGGAUUUGGGACCAGUGGCCUCGCUGUGGUCGCCAGUAAGUGCAGGCAGCUUAGGGUGCUUGAUUUGAUUGAAUCUGAGGUUAUCGACGACGAUGUGGAUUGGAUAUGUUGUUUUCCUGAGAGCCAGACCUGUCUGGAGUCUCUGAUGUUUGAUUGCGUAGAAUGCCACGUAAAUUUCGAGGCAUUGGAGAGGCUGGUGAUUAGGUCACCUUCCUUGAAGAAACUUAGGUUGAACCGCUAUGUUUCAAUUGGGCAGCUACACCACUUGAUGGUUCGAGCUCCACAGCUCACUCACCUAGGAACGGGCUCAUUCAGUUCAUCGGAGGGCAAUGCUCAGGGGGAUCAAGAACUGGAUUGUGUCUCUGCUUUUGCUGCUUGCAAAUCCAUAGUCUGUCUAUCUGGGUUCAAGGAGAUAUUUGUGGAUCAGUUGCCUGCAAUUUACCCCGUCUGUGCUAAUCUGACCAAUCUGAAUUUCAGCUAUGCAAAUAUCAGUGCAGAACAACUUAAACCAGUCAUACGAAACUGCCACAAGCUCCAGACUUUCUGGGUACUCGAUUCAGUAUGUGAUGAAGGCCUUAAGGCAGUGGCUGCAACUUGCAAGGAACUGCGUGAGCUUCGGGUCUUCCCAGUCGACCCUCGUGAAGAUAUUGAGGGUCCUGUGUCUGAGAUUGGUUUCCAAGCCAUUUCUGAGGGCUGUAGGAAACUGCAAUCUAUAUUAUAUUUCUGCCAACGUAUGACGAAUGAAGCUGUGAAAGCCAUGUCAAGGAACUGCCCAGAUCUUGUGGUGUUUCGUCUGUGUAUAAUGGGGCGCCACCGGCCUGACCAUGUUACUGGUGAGUCCAUGGAUGAAGGUUUUGGAGCAAUAGUUAUGAAUUGCAAGAAGCUCACCCGCCUCGCUGUGUCUGGUUUACUGACUGAUCAAGCUUUCAGUUAUAUUGGGCAAUAUGGAAAAUUGGUUCGAACUCUCUCAGUUGCCUUUGCUGGUGACAGUGACAUGGCUCUACAAUAUGUGCUUGAGGGCUGCCCUAAAUUGCAGAAGCUUGAAAUCCGGGACAGCCCAUUUGGGGAUUCAGCAUUACGCUCUGGCUUGCAUCACUAUUACAACAUGAGAUUCCUUUGGAUGUCAUCAUGCUUGUUAACUCGGCAAGGUUGUCGAGAUAUUGCUCGAGCACUGCCCCGCCUGGUUGUGGAAGUGAUUAAGAGUGAUCAACAACAGGUGGAAACGGGUGAAUAUGUUGAUAUACUAUACAUGUACCGAUCCCUUGAUGGGCAAAGGGAUGAUAUUCCAAAGUUUGUUGAUAUCCUGUAGACUUUGCAAUUGCAAGUUGUUAGAAGUUGUUUCAACUAUUCUUAUGGCGGCAUUGGAGCAAGUGAGACACAUUUUACUGGCGGGAAGUAUCCUGCGGGUGACUUUUAUAUAACCCGCUAGGUGGUUCCUGCAUCGCCAGAUGAACAAAGAUGAGUAAACAACUUCUGGUCUUUAUUGAGCUUAGCUUUUGCAAUGGCAGUCAGAUGCCACAGUUGCGAAGGCCAUCAGAUAAGCAUUGCAGACCACAUUUCUUCUUCUUUGGUUCUUCCGAGUUCUUUGGAGGAUGGGGUGCUGAUGCUGAGGAUUAAUGUCUGCGAGGUAUUGGAUUACCAUCAUCGAAUGUUUGUAUUGGUACACUUCUAAAUUUCAUGUUUGUUUUUGUUCCAUAUUCAUUUGAUCAUAAACAACGGCUGCCAGAGGCGAAGGGAGGGUUUUCGAGCUGAUCAUGAAAUUUUCACGUUCUCAAGCAAACCAUACUGUUUAUCUCUUCUUGAGCAAAUCUGAAGUGGACAAUCUGAAAGGUGAAAAUUUCCACAUCCCUCGCCUGUGCCGCCAGUAGAGAAGUAAAGGGAAGAGAGCUUAGUCUGUUUAUUUUCAUUCAAAUGGUAGUUUUAGUUUUUAAGCUGUAACUGGUGAGAUCUAAGUGCCUUAGACUGAUACAUCUCUAUGUUUCUCUAUCUCUCUUGUCCCAAGUGUUUGUUUCUUUCAGUUUCAGAUGUGUUGUUGUAGCACCUGACUGUUGAAUUUAUUAUUGUUAUUGUUAGCAAAUGCAAAUGUGAGAUGGGUAAUAAAUGCCGAAAUUUGCAUGGA